AUGCUGAAGCCGGGAGACCCCGGCGGCUCGGCCUUUCUCAAAGUGGACCCAGCCUAUCUGCAGCACUGGCAGCAACUCUUCCCGCACGGCGGCAGCGGCGGCCCGCUCAAGGGCGGCGGCGCCGCGGGUCCCCUGGGCGCGCCGCAGCCUCUCCAGCCGCCGCCGCCUCCGGAGCGCGCAGAGCCUCCGCCGGACAGCUUGCGGCCGCGGCCCGCGUCGCUCUCCUCCGCCUCCUCUACUCCGGCGUCGUCCUCCACCUCGGCCUCCUCUGCCUCCUCUUGCGCCGCCGCGGCCGCCGCGGCCGCCGCGCUGGCGGGUCUCUCGGCCCUGCCCGUGGCGCAGCUGCCGGUGUUCGCGCCUCUGGCCGCCGCCGCCGUCGCCGCGGAGCCGCUACCCCCCAAGGACCUGUGCCUCGGCGCCGCCUCGGGCCCGGGCCCUUCCAAGUGCGCCGGCAGCGGCGGGGACCUGCGGGGCGGCCCGCGCUUCCGCUGCAGCGCGGAGGAGCUGGACUAUUACCUGUACGGCCAGCAGCGCAUGGAGAUCAUCCCGCUCAACCAGCACACCAGCGACCCCAACAACCGUUGCGACAUGUGUGCGGACAACCGCAACGGCGAGUGUCCCAUGCACGGGCCGCUGCACUCGCUGCGCCGGCUCGUGGGCACCAGCAGCGCCGCGGCCGCCGCGCCGCCGCCGGAGCUGCCCGAGUGGCUCCGGGACCUGCCGCGGGAGGUGUGCCUGUGCACCAGCACCGUGCCCGGCCUGGCCUACGGCAUCUGCGCGGCGCAGAGGAUCCAGCAGGGCACCUGGAUCGGGCCCUUCCAGGGCGUCCUUCUGCCCCCGGAGAAGGUGCAGGCCGGCGCAGUGAGGAACACACAGCAUCUCUGGGAGAUAUAUGACCAAGAUGGGACACUACAGCACUUUAUUGAUGGUGGGGAGCCUAGUAAGUCGAGCUGGAUGAGGUAUAUCCGAUGUGCAAGGCACUGCGGAGAGCAGAAUCUAACAGUAGUUCAGUACAGGUCGAAUAUAUUCUACCGAGCCUGUAUAGAUAUCCCCAGGGGCACCGAGCUUCUGGUGUGGUACAAUGACAGCUAUACGUCUUUCUUUGGGAUCCCCUUACAAUGCAUUGCGCAGGAUGAAAACUUAAACGUGCCCUCGACGGUCAUGGAGGCCAUGUGCAGACAGGACGUCCUGCAGCCAUUCAGCAAGAGCGGCAAGCUGCCCCCCUCCACCCAGCAGCGCUCCGUGGUCUUCCCACAGACUCCCUGCACCAGGAACUUCUCUCUCCUGGACAAGUCCGGGCCCAUGGAAUCAGGAUUUAACCAGAUCAACGUGAAAAACCAGCGAGUGCUCGCGAGCCCGACUUCCACCAGCCAGCUCCACUCAGAGUUCAGCGACUGGCAUCUCUGGAAAUGCGGCCAGUGCUUUAAGACUUUCACGCAGCGGAUCCUCCUACAGAUGCACGUGUGCACGCAGAACCCCGACAGACCUUAUCAGUGCGGUCACUGCUCCCAGUCCUUUUCACAACCGUCCGAGCUGAGGAACCACGUGGUCACCCACUCCAGUGACCGGCCUUUCAAGUGUGGCUACUGUGGUCGUGCCUUCGCCGGGGCAACCACCCUCAACAACCACAUCCGAACUCACACUGGAGAAAAGCCCUUCAAGUGCGAGAGGUGUGAAAGGAGCUUCACGCAGGCCACGCAGCUGAGCCGGCACCAGCGGAUGCCCAAUGAGUGCAAGCCAAUAACCGAGAGCCCAGAAUCAAUUGAAGUGGAUUAA